UCCGAUUUAUUCGCCACACACGCACGCAUUCCCCGUGUCUUCCCGUCGGUCCUGUGUUCGGAUGAGGCAGGGUUGGGUGAACGCGUCCCAUCAUGCAGUGCGCGCCAGUCCUCCCUCACUCACCCCCGCAGUUAGGAGACUCACAUCUAGGGAUCGAACUAAUGGCGGCCGGCAAAUCCGUGCGCUGACACAAACCCAAAACACCGUACCACCCCGCUCAGGUGCCAGCCUACUUCGUGGGGGGCAGGGCGACAUCGUAUCGCUACGCGAACGGUGAAUAAGGGAGGGUUGAGGGGAAACAAUCGGUGACUUCUAGCAGGACUUUCCUAUUUUUAAAUAUGGAUGAACAGCCCGGCGGAGGAGGAGGAAUGGCCGCCCAGAGACAGCAGCAGCCCGCACCGCAACAGGGCAACAACAGCAUUAAUCCCCAGAUGGGCAGCUCUGGAGGGGCCCCGAUGGUCCAACAACAGCAAGACGAGAUGCCAAGGCCCCAGCAGUACACUAUCCCGGGGAUUUUACACUACAUCCAGCACGAAUGGGCCCGUUUCGAGAUGGAGAGAGCGCAUUGGGAAGUGGAAAGGGCCGAACUUCAGGCCCGAAUAGCGUUCCUUCAAGGAGAAAGAAAGGGUCAAGAAAACUUAAAGAAUGACCUUGUUAGAAGAAUAAAAAUGUUAGAAUACGCAUUAAAGCAAGAAAGAGCAAAAUACCAUAAAUUAAAAUAUGGGACAGAACUAAAUCAAGGUGAAGUGAAAAUGCCCAGCUUUGAAUCAGAAGAUACCAAAGAUACAGAGGUGUCGGCCAUACCUCAAAACAGUCAGUUAACAUGGAAACAGGGCAGGCAACUCCUCAGACAAUAUCUUCAGGAAGUAGGCUAUACAGACACAAUAUUGGACGUUCGGUCGCAGAGAGUGCGGUCAUUACUGGGGCUGUCUGGCUCUGAGCAGAACGGUUCAGUGGAAACCAAGAACCUAGAGCAGAUUCUUAAUGGAGGAGAGUCUCCAGCCAAAAGAAAGGGACAAGAUAUGAAAAGGAAUCCAGAGGUUCUGGAGACAUUUAAUUUUUUAGAAAAUGCAGAUGAUAGCGAUGAAGAGGAAGAUGAGGAGGGAGAUAUAAUGGAGGACGUGCCGGACAGAAGUGACACACGCAGAAUAAAAAAGCAUAAAAUUAAGGUUGGAAAUGAAGGUUUGGCAUCAGAUUUGCCAGAUGACGCGGACACAGAAGAGGCACUGAAGGAGUUUGACUUCCUGGUGAAUGCCGAGGAUGGAGAAGGUGCCGGGGAGGCCCGGAGUUCAGGAGAUGGCACAGAGUGGGCUGAGCCUUUGCCAUUCACGCCUGGUGGGGGCAAGUCCUUUAUCAUGGGCUCUGAUGACAUGUUGGAAAGUGUUCUAGGCCUGGGAGAUCUCGCCGAUCUGACCGUGUCCAAUGACGAGACUGAAUACAGCUAUGAUCUGCCAGCCAAUAAGGACGCAUUCAGAAAGACAUGGAAUCCCAAAUAUACCCUGCGAAGCCACUUCGAUGGAGUCCGGUCCCUGGCCUUCCAUCCUGUGGAACCGGUAUUGGUCACCGUCUCGGAAGACCACACCCUCAAACUCUGGAACCUCCAGAAGACAGUUCCUGCCAAAAGAAGUGCCUCUUUUGAUGUGGAGCCUAUAUACACCUUUAGAGGGCAUGUUGGGCCUGUUCUCUCAUUGGCUCUGACCUCAAAUGGUGAGCAGUGUUUCAGUGGUGGAAUCGAUUCAACAAUACAGUGGUGGAACAUCCCCAGCUCAAAUGUAGACCCUUACGAUACAUAUGAUCCCAGCGUGUUGGCUGGUACGUUGUUGGGUCACAGUGAUGCAGUGUGGGGGCUGGCUUACAGUGGAAUCAAAAACCGGCUGCUCUCCUGUUCAGCUGAUGGGACGAUCAAGUUGUGGAACCCUGAGGAGAAGUCACCGUGUCUGAAGACGUUUAACUCGGAUAGAGAUCAUGGUAUGCCCACAUCCAUUGACUUCAACGGGUGUGAUCCAGCUCAUAUGGUGGCGUCCUUCAACACGGGAGACGCUGUCAUUUAUGAUCUGGAGACGUCUCAGCCCAUUGUGGUGUUCUCCGCACAGGGAGAGAGCGCUAUUCCUUGUGGGAAUCAUAUUAAUCAAGUAGUCUCCCACCCCACCCUGCCAAUCACAGUCACAGCUCACGAGGACAGACACAUCAAGUUCUUUGAUAAUAAAUCAGGUAAAGCCAUUCAUGCAAUGGUGGCUCACUUGGAUGCUGUGACUAGUCUGGCUAUAGAUCCAAAUGGUAUCUACUUGAUGUCAGGAAGUCACGACAGUUCCAUCCGCCUUUGGAACCUGGACAGUAAGACUUGUGUACAGGAAGUUACGGCUCACAGGAAAAAGUCGGACGAGGCCAUAUACGACGUUGCUUUCCAUCCAUCCAAGGCAUAUAUAGGAAGUGCUGGAGCCGACGCCCUGGCCAAAGUGUUUGUAUAAAAAGCCCUCGUCCGCACCUGAAUUAGUUAAUACUUUUAAGACCGAGAGCAAGAAACGGACGGUUUCACUGCCUUGUAACAAGAGUAGCAUUUCACACACUACAACGACGUGGCUUCCUCCACCACCACCACCACCUCUGCUGUCAAACUCACGCUACACACACAACGAUACCAGGUGCCAUGAGGGGAAGUGCUGUUUUUGCGAAGCCAGUGUGGAGCGCUCGAUCGGUUUCAAAAAUGUUUCCACAGAAAAGAAAAAAUAACUGUAAUAUACUUUAAGUCAGAGCUGGAGUGAGACCAGUGUUUGUAGCUUUUCGGCUGGUUUUUUGUCCUGUAGGUAUGUUUCAGUGACCAUGAAGUGGUUCUCAUGUUCAUCAGUAGGUUGUCACCGACCAUUACCUGGGCUGUGCGGGCUGGCGGAACGGAGCCCCGCCCACCCCGGCGAGCCAUAAACCACACCCUAAUCUCAGUCGCCUUCCUCACCCUAAUGUAGCGUGAAAACCAAUACAGUUAAACACUUCAACUCAGUCAGCCUCAUACCUUUAGAGUUUGUUCCAUGUUUGUGUAAAAAAGUAUAGUUUUUAUAAUCAAUUUUAUAUAAAUAAAGACUGUCGUAAAACCGCUGAAAAUCACUUUUUUUUAAAGGAAAGGGGCUAUAAUCCCUCUCAAGCCCUCCAUUUUACGCGGUUCUCUUUCAUGAAUGGUCUUGUGUCUCUGGAUACUUGGGAUGAGUGCCACCCUAUUGCAUACUGCUACGUGACAUUGCUUUAAUCUUGUUUUAUCACAUAAAAGAGAGACUGUACACUAGUAGAAAUACGUAUGUGGUGCUCAGAGCUUUUAGGAAUCUACAGAUAAACUGCAGCGUCCUGUCACAUGAUGUUUUGUACACCUUACUGUUUUUGAGUUGAAUUAUCACAGGAUCUGAACACUAUUGGCUUAUUUAUUUUCAGUUUGUGGAUAGUCUUGUUUUUUGUUCAGAGCAAAGCUCGAUGGUAACUAGUAGAUUGGGCCGUUGCAAACCAAUUGGGGCUCAUAAUCCAAUAACAAGCAAACCUAUAGAUGAAUAUUAAUGUUUUUUUUU